AUGUUCAGAGGUCCCUAUGAUUGGUUGACGAUGACCGUACCCCAACCGGGACUGGAUGGUCGACCCGUCUAUUGGCCAAGAGGCAAACUGCUUGGCGGAUCAAGUUCAAUGAAUGCAUUGCUGUAUCAUCAUUGCGCUCCCGAAGAUUUCGACUCCUGGGAGAAGCAAGGAGCAGUAGGAUGGGGAUACGAAACGACGAGGAAGUAUUUCAGAAAGGCGGAGAAAUACAAUCCGCAGCAAGAUGACCCUGUCGAUAUCUCCCUUCACGGUGACUCCGGACUGUGGCUAACAAGAGCCGUACCCGUCAUGAUGCUCACAUCCUGUCGGGAUCUAAAUACCCCAGAAGGCACAAUAGGCACAUUUGCCUUCACUGGAUUUAUGGAUCAACAGAAUGAAAGGAGCCCGGCCGCCACAGCGUAUCUGACCAGAAACAUUAUGGUUGAGAAGAUUUUGUUCAAAUCAGCGCCCGACGGCAAGCCUAAAGCAUGUGGUGUGCAGCUCCUAGUGCAUAGAUCCGGGCCUCAGUAUAGAGCCACUGUUGCAAAAGAGGUCAUUGUUUUCACGGGAGCUAUCGGGUCUCCGCAAGUCCUUAUGCUCUCGGACGUGGGACCUCGCGACCACCUCGGAGAAUUGGGGAUUUCUGUUAUACAAGAUCUGCCUGCUGUAGGCUCGAACCUCUAUGAUCACUUCUUUGCGGGCGGAUUGAUUUUGUGGGUGAAACCAGGGUUGACGUUAGAUUACCUUAGCAACCCUUUAUAUGGGGCCCUCGCUCUUCUUUUAUUCAGGGUGAAUAAUGAAAGGUACAGACCACGAUCACCAAGAGUGCAUGCAUGGUGUCUGACGUUCCGCACAAGUCUCCCUCUAGUCGACCACAGUGCUGGCCCUGGAGCACCGGAUGUAGAGAUUGUCAUUGCCAUUUCUGCCGUCGUCAACAACAGAUUUCUGGAUGCGGAACAGGGUCCUGUCAUCCUCAAGCUGGAGAGCUCUGGCACCGUGCAUCUCUGGUCUUCCGACUGCGUGGCUAUCCUGCCUUUCUCAGUGUACCUCCCGCUUGACAAUCUCUUCAGCUACCUGGCAUCAGAAAAUGAUGCCAAGAUCCUCAUCAGGGGAUUUCGCUUCAUUCUUGCCUUGGCUCAUGUGGGGCCGCUCACGAGUGACCUCGAUAUGAAGUGUCUGGAUUCGCCUCCCCUCGAUGCCUUUUGGCCCAGCAAUGUCGAUCCAAAUAAUGUCACCGAUGAAGACAUCAGAACUUGGAUCCAGAAGCAUGGCCAGUCAACAUCCUCUGUAAGGAUGGAAACCUCUCUCGCUGACAGCGCAGUGGACCCGCAACUUCGGAUGCAUGGAGUCGAGGGUCUAACUUGA